CUUGUCUGUUCAAAGCGGCCACAAAUUUUCUUGGAACAGUCAGCCAGAAUUGAACAGGAUGGCUGCAGGAAACGUUCUGCUCUCCGGUGCAAUACUGUUCAACGGAGCCAGUCCCACCAAGGUUCUUCGACUGCUGAGCUCCAUCAACAUACAAAUGAUUUCAAAGGUUGCAUACGACACAUAUCAGAAAGGUUGCCUACUGCCUGCUGUAUCACAGGUUUGGAAUGCAGAACACAACCACCUGCUCCUUUCACUUCAAGGCAAGCCUGUUGACCUCCUUGGAGAUGGCAGGUGUGAUUCUCCUGGUCAUUGUGCCAAGUACAUGACAUACACUUUUAUGGAAGCCCAUUCAAAGAAAAUCGUCAGCUCCGUUCAAGUACAGGUUGGUGAGUCUCCAGAUGUUGCUUCCAGCACAAACAUGGAAAAGGUGGGAUUUGUGAGAUGCCUGGACGAACUGAAAUCAAAUCACAUCAUCGUGGCAUCCAUUACGACUGAUCGACAUCCUGCAGUGAGAAAGCACAUGCGUGAAAUGGAACCCAGCAUAGUGCAUGGAUUUGAUACCUGGCAUGUGGUGAAAGGCUUGAAGAAGAAAUUGGACACAGCAGCCAAAACCAGUGCAGGUGCUCCUUUAAAACCAUGGGUGCAGCAUAUUUGCAAUCAUCUCUACUGGUGCAAUUCCGCAGCUGAGGGGAAUUCAGAACUGCUACUGAGCAUGUGGCAUGACACCCCACAUUACAAAUGUCCAUACGGGUCACGAAGGUCCAUAUCAUCGCUGCUUACAUGACACAGUUGGAAAGGCCGUGGCUGCAGCCUGGUACAGUAGCUUAUGCAAGACUUCUGAAGAUUGUACUGAACCCAAGGCUACUGAAGGAUGUUCAACAACUAUCAAGAGUGGGUCAGACAUCGGGGCUCGAGUCAUACCACUCCGUCAUACUGAAGUUCGCUCCUAAGUCCACAGCAUACACACCGAAAGUUAUGCGUGCUAGGACACAAAUAGCUGCCCUGCACUUCAAUGAAAAUGCUCACCGGGAGUAUGCUUAUGGAAAGGAUGGACAGCAGAUGUUCAGGAGGAAGCUCCUAAAAACAAAGAAAGGGGCAGAAGUAGUUUCUAGAGUGAAGACAAAGGCCACUUACACUUAUGUGGCAAAUCUCCUAAAGGGGGCUGUGACAGUGUGUGAAAGCACAACAUACAGUGCCAUGGUAGCAGCCCACCAUAGUCCCGAGUCUGCACCAAUGACUGCAGCUUACCCACGUGAAUCGAAGGAGGUCCUGAUUGCGAGAAGGAUGCUUCGCUUUUCAACAGAGUGAUCUCUCAUGAGGCCACCUGCAACUGCAGUCCUGACGUGGGAGCUGCUUUGGAUAGCCCGCUCUACCAAAACUCCGUCAAAGCCUCCAAAGAUGAAUGAAGGGAAGUACCAAUUACUUCGGAUAGGGUGUUAAAGGAGCACUAAAAUGCAAAAAACAAGUUAACUUUACAUUGCGUUACAUGCAGUCAGGGCCGUUUCAUGGGGGGGGGGGGGGGUAGAGGGGCAGUAGCCCUGGGUACCUUCCCUAAGGCGGCACAGGAUGGUACAUCUGGACAGCACGGUGCGCAAUAAAUCAACAGUCGGCAUAUUUGGCACCCGCACCUAAGUCAGUAGGCUCCAGUGGCUGCUAUAAGCUACUGAAAGAAUAAUAGGAAAUGACUGUGUUACAAAAAAGCACCACUUUGUUCUCUUUGUAGCACACUGGAGUCAUGUGACCAACUACUGCAAUUCACACAGAUAAAUUGGCACCGGAAACGGUUUGUCUUUGUCAACUGCUUUUUCACCGGUCUUCACCUCGGAAGGGCACGCUGUGUUAAGUACUGGGGGGGUCUUCAGCUUUAUCGUGCCCCAGGCAGAUUUUGACAUCGUAACUGCUAACAUGCUAACUUUCCACAUGACAUCGUAACUCAAUAUGUACACUGAUUCCAUUACAAAGGUGCAGUCAGAACUAUACCAGGCUCCUUGCUUCGGCACGAAUGCAGUGAAUGUCUGCCGCACAUGCUAUGCUAUAGAGCAGUAACUGUGAAAAACAAUAGUGCGAAGGACGUGAAUAUAAUUGUUGUCAGUGGAACAUUUGUGAUAACUGUUGUGGGCAACGAUUCAGUAAAUCUGUAUUGAAAAAGUGAUGUGACCAACACACAUAAUGUCGCACAUAUAUGGUGUACGUGCUACGGCCAGCCCCGUUCCAAAUCCACAGAAACACGAAAGGCUUCUCCUACUGUCUCAUUGGAUGCUGCCAAUCGUUGCUGCCCCUCUUCAAUCGUGCUCAUUGCUGCCAAAUACUGUUUACAUUGCGUUUUUCUUCAAAUGGCGGUGCUUUGUGAGCUAGUUUCGAUUGUAUUAUGCUAUAAUCCGAACACGUACUUUUAUGUAAAUAGUUCUUUUUGCAUUUUAGUGCCCUUUAAAUAGACAUGAUCUGCCUUCACCGGAUUAUGUAACAGUUCUUUUUGAAUUUGUGGCAUAAUAAUCAAGUGGCAUGUUGAAAACCUAUAGCCCAGCAUAUGAGCCUGUAGCCCAGAAUGUAGGUGUCAUCCUCCAGGUGCACGCAAUAACUGGAGCCUGAAAUUUUAGGGUUGAACCUGAUUCUUCCCUGAAUUUGCAGUGCAUGCGCUUUUUCUUGCUUUCUGUUUAUUUGCCUGUUAUAGAAUGCCAGACUUCUUUGAUAUUGUUUCACUUGCUUUUCUUUGAAAUCUUAAUCCUUUCCCCAUGAGAGUGUGUUCCACAACCUACGUCCCAUCUCCAUACUCACAAAGUGCAUGAAGGUGCACCUAAUGCUUCCUGAUCCAUGAAUAUGUAAAUACUGUUACGUGACGCCAGUGAUGAUAAGGUGGCCAGAAGAACUUUUUACUCAUAUAAAGUGUUGCGACUCCUUAUCUGAGGUUUUUGUUCAUUGAAGUUAACUAUACUGCAAUGUGACUUAUUGACUUGACUUCGUUGUACUCUAUAGUAUGAGAAGUACAGGUCUGCACAGACAGAUUUGCUCAUAUGUUUUGUAAGUGUCCGUCUGUGGCAUCAUCAUGCCACGCAACUCUUUGUACAGUGAGGGGAGGUAGGUUCCUUGGGAGAAUGAAAAAGGAGAUUGGUGUCAUGCAUCAAAAGCUUUUCUACUUUUAACCAACUGUCAAGUGACCAUGGCAAGACUAAUGGAAAACUUUGCAACCACUUACGUACCACAGCAUGUUACAAUAUCACUGUCAUUGUCCGCGCUAUGUGGCUGUAGCUGCACUCUUCUUUAUAUCAUGCUUUCACAUUGUAAUUCCAGUAUUUCUUCUCUUUUUUUUCCUUGUCUUUCAGUUGCAAGUCCUCGCACAGGUGCAUAACAAGACCCUAACCACUGGUCAUGAAGAGAAUGGCGUAGUCCAGGGCACAGAGGGGGACAAUUGCAGCAGAACCCUUUUUCUUAAACAAGGACACUUCUAACAUGCAUAUUGUUGCCACAACUUCCACCUCUGCACCGUGCUGCGACUGAAGAAUGUCGAGUAGUCCUACUUUUGGACGGAAACUACAUGAGCACACUCUCGAAGAACAGCUCUCAGCUUCAUCUAUGUGCUCCAUUAUUAUUCCUGUACCCUUUUCAUC